AGAGCAUCACACCACUUUAUACCAGCUGACCAGCGUGGACUGAAUCGUACAGCAGUAGUACGGCCCCCUACGCUGGAGAACGGACACAGCAGGCCUAGUACGUCUUGUAGGCUUUGAAGUUAUAGUUACAAAAUUUGCCUCAAAACUUUCAUCAACUAACAACACUUGCAAAUCAAAUUAGGCUCAAGAGAAACUGUUAUCAUCUUGGGACUUCGGGAAUCUCGGCCGUUUUUGAAAUGGAGGAAAGUAUGGAAACUGACUUAACACUAACAGACGUGGGGAAGCAGUCAACAUCGACGGACAAAUCGAGUAAAAAGUCGAAGUACGAAUUACCAUGGGUUGAGAAGUACAGACCAACUCUGCUGACUGACAUCGUAGGGAACGAGGAGACCAUAAGCAGGCUGGAAGUCUUCUCCAGGGAAGGCAACGUACCCAAUGUUAUCAUAGCUGGGCCACCGGGCACCGGUAAAACCACAAGUAUCCUAUGCCUGUGUCACGCAUUGCUGGGUCCUAACUACAAAGAUGCAGUGCUGGAAAUGAACGCAUCCAAUGACAGAGGCAUUGAUGUUGUCAGGAACAAGAUCAAAACAUUUGCUCAGAAGAAGGUCACGCUGCCCAAAGGUCGCCACAAGGUCAUUAUUCUGGAUGAGGCAGACAGUAUGACCAGUGGAGCCCAGCAAGCCUUGCGCCGCACCAUGGAGAUCUACUCCAAGACCACACGCUUUGCCCUGGCCUGCAACGCCUCGGACAAGAUCAUCGAGCCCAUCCAGUCACGCUGUGCCGUUUUGCGGUACUCGCGGCUGACUGACAAGCAGCUUCUCCAGCGACUGAUGGAGAUUGGAGAGCAGGAAGGGGUGGAAUGCACAGACGAUGGGCUGGAGGCCAUCAUCUACACAGCCCAGGGUGACAUGAGACAGGCAAUAAACAACAUGCAGUCAACGUAUUCUGGGUUUGGGGUCAUCAACAGCGAGAAUGUAUUCAAAGUUUGCGAUGAGCCCCACCCCAUCCUCAUCAAAGACAUGUUUGCCAGGUGCAUUGAGGGGGACGUGGACAAGGCCUACGAGGUGAUGGAACACAUGUGGGACAUGGGCUACGCACCUGAAGACAUCAUCUCCAACAUGUUCCGGGUGUGCAAGACGUACGACAUGGCCGAAUACCUUAAGCUGGAGUUCAUCAAGGAGAUUGGCUUCACGCAUCUGAGGAUUGCAGAGGGAGUGAACUCACUGCUACAACUCAGCGGUUUGCUGGCCAGGCUGUGCCAGAAAGGGGUGUUACCCACUGAGGAGUCUUGAUUCCUGCCUUCGAAUGCACAGACUAUCCACUUCAUGAGACUUCCUCACUUUUUUUAACCCCGAAAUACUGUGCAGAUGUAGGUCAGACUAAAUAUCAUUUCAAGUAUUUUUUCCUACUCGACCACUGUAACAUUAUGGAUAGAAACAUAUAUAUUUAAGUACCUCUCCACUGUUUAAGGGAUGCCCUCGUCUGGUUGUGCUCUGAGAUGAUAAACUGGUUGUCAAGAGUGGUUUGCCUGAACUGACAUUGGGUUAAGAGUGUCAGGAAUUGCAUCCUGUCCAUAGUGAUGGAAGUCCUGCAGUUUCUGGCAUUUUGUUUGACAUUUAAACUUGUCACACAUUUGCAUGUCAUUAACUUUCCCGCUAACUCUUAAGGGCCAUCCUAUAUUCAUAUUGCCACCCCUGCAUCUACAGUGUCAUUUAUAUUAUUGCUUUUAUUGUACACGAUGAUUUCAGUACUGAUUUUGGCACUGAAAAAGAGAAAUUCUUGUACGUGUAUAUUUGUAUGGCCAAAUUGCAAACAGAAAUCAAAAUAAACAGUGUUCCACAGCAUUAUUGAAUGCUUUCGUCCAA